AUGGCCACUGGAAAAUUGAGGAACCUUUUGGAAGGGCUGAAGCCAGCCAUGACAAUGGUGGUUGUUCAGAUAAUAUUUGGAGGGCUAAAUAUUAUGUACACACUGGCUAGAAAUGAUGGCAUGAGCAUGAAGAUUUUGGUCGCCUACCGAAAUAUCUUUGCAACAGCUAUUAUGGUUCCACUUGCUCUAAUCUUUGAAGGGAAGAGUAGGCCAAAACUGACAUGGAUGAUCUUCCUCCAGGGCUCAUUGUGUGGAUAAUUUGGAGGGUCAUUAGGUCAAAAUUUAUAUGCCGAGAGACUAAGCUUAACGUCAGCAACAUUUGUAGCGGCAAUGACAAACCUGGUUCCAGCAAUGACAUUUGUCAUGGCUGUUUUCUUAAGGAUGGAGAGAUUAGCAAUUGGAACAAUUGCGGGAAAAGCUAAGUUAAUGGGGACUAUAAUGAGCCUAGGUGGUGCAAUGAUUCUAACAUUUUACAAAGGAGUAGAGAUCAAGUUAUGGUCAACCAACAUCAACCUACUACAUCAUGGUGCUGCAGCAUUACAAGAGUCGUCUCCUAAUCAAGUGUUGGGCUAACUAUUGGCUGUGGCUAGUUGUGUCUGUAUUGCAGUUUGGUUGAUAGUCCAGACUAAGAUGAGCAUGGUAUAUCCAAGCUACUCCGGAACUGCUCUAAUGUGUGUUUGUGCAUCAAUUCAAUCGGUUGUAUAUGCCAUGUGCACUGAGAGGGACUGGUCCGCAUGGAAACUUGGUUGGGACAUUAGGCUUCUCACUGUUGUUUACUCAGGAGUGUUGGCCUCUGGAUUAAUGGUUACACUAAUGACCUGGGUUUCAAGGAUGAGAGGCCCAUUGUUUGUAUCUUCUUUCUUUCCCUUAAUGCUUGCAACCGUUGCAAUACUUGGGUCACACUUACUCCACGAACAGCUACAUAUAGGAAGCAUAAUUGCAGCAGUGUUGAUCAUAGUGGGCUUGUAUAUUGUUUUAUAGGGAAAAGGCAAGGAAAUGAAGCAGACCGCCCAAAUCCAUGCAGCACAAAGCUUUAGCGAACAAGAUCUGAGACAUAUUGUCAAAGAAAAUUCAAGUAACAGUGAGUGUAAACCAGAAGCAAGUGGCAUUAUUGGUCCCAUUGAACCUGCUGACCUAGGAUCUGGAGUGCCAUCUGCAGCUGCAGUGGGAAGCGCAUAUAAUGCGGCAGAUCUUCGGGAUCACAGUAUGCGGAAAAUAUCUAAAGGUUUUGAUGUGGCAACCUUUGACGUUGAUUUUGGGCAAUAUCACAAGAAAUCAUGGGGCGAAGGUGAUCAAACCAGUGGCGGUAAUGUUGGUGCGUGGUUCAACGAAUUCUUGAAGUUGGCUACAAGUGACGGCCAGUAUGGCCUUGGCUUUUAUGGCCCCUCAACAGCUUUUCAGUUGGUAUAUUACAUGGCUAGUGGGAAGUUUUGGAAUGUCAUGACAGGGCUGAAGCCAGCCCUGGCAAUGGUGGUGGUUCAAGUGUCACUGGGAGGAAUUAAUAUUAUGUACAAAUUGGCUAAGAAUGACGGCAUGAGCAUGAAGGUUUUAAUCGCCUAUAGAUAUAUAUUCGCUGCAGCUUUUAUGGUUCCACUUGCUUUGAUAUUUGAUCGGAAGAGUAGGCAAAAAAUGACAUGGAUGAUCUUCUUGCAAGGUUCCUUAUGUGGUUUAUUUGGGGGGUCAUUAGGUCAAAACUUAUAUGCUGAGAGCUUGACUCUAACGUCCGCAACUUUUGCAGCAGCAAUGACUAACAUUAUUCCAGCCAUGGCAUUUGUCCUGGCAAUUGUUUUGAGGAUGGAAAGAUUAGCAAUUGGCACGGUUGCUGGAAAGUCUAAGGUGUUGGGCACUCUAUUAAGCAUAAGUGGUGCACUGGUUCUCACAUUUUACAAAGGAGUAGAGCUCAAUUUGUGGUCAACUAACAUCAACUUGCUGCAUCAUGGUGCAGCAACCUCACAGCAAUCAUCUAAUGAUCAAGUCUUGGGCUCAAUCUUAGCUGUUGUUGCUUGUAUGUGCUUUGCAGUUUGGUUGAUAAUCCAGGCCAAGAUUAGUAUGGUGUAUCCAAGCUACUCUGGAACUGCUCUUACUUGUGUCUGUGCAGCGAUUCAGUCAGUUGUAUAUGCCAUGUGUGCUGAGAAGGAAUGGUCAGCAUGGAAACUUGGUUGGAACAUAAGACUUCUCACUGUUGUUUACACGGGAGUGUGGGCCACUGGAUUGAUGGUUGCAAUAAUGAGCUGGGCUGCAAGGCUGAGGGGGCCAUUGUUUGUAUCUUCUUUCUAUCCCUUAAUGCUUGUAACUGUUGCAAUACUGGGGUCUCUCUUACUCGACGAGCAACUAUACUUGGGAAGCAUAAUAGCAGUAGUGUUGAUCGUAGUGGGCUUGUAUGGUGUUUUGUGGGGAAAAGGCAAGGAGAUGAAGCAGAACGACCAAAUAGAUGGAGCAAAAAGCUCUACGGAGCCAGAAUUGAGAGGCAUUGUCAUAGAAACCUCAUCUAGUACUAAGGGUAAACCGACCGCAACAAGUACUAUUUGUCCCAUCCAAGCUGCUGACCGAGGAUCUGGUGCGGUUUCUCCUGCUGCAGUGGUGCAUGAAUAGCAUCAAUAUAUCAUACUGAUAUCUUUUAUUUGGAAGAAAAUUUUGAAGAAAUUCUUGUAUGUAUAUACAAAAUUCAUUUCUACGCAACCAAAUAUCUUAAAAACAGUGUACCCGCCCCGUAUUUCCUUUGCCUAAAUUGUAAUAUUUUCCGAUAAUAAAUGAUUAAUGUUUCAUGCAA